UGAGGGUCCACUCCGGAGCUGAUCCCGAGCGACUCACUGAGAAGCCCUCGGUCUUUCACGUUCACCACCAGCAAAAACAACAGGUGACUGGUCUGCCUCUCUCCUCUCAGCCUCCUGCAGUGGCCACUGCCAGCCUGAGAUCUCUGCUGCCACUACAUCUUUCAGCCCUUGCUCCUCCGGAACCACAUCAUCAACAUGGUGCAUUCUAGCGGCUUACUCACUAGCGUUAGAGAUCCAGUGGCACUGAAGAGCAUUGCUGUGACUCUGUCCAUCAACGAUUUUGUGGCUGGUGUGUCUGCAACCCUAAACUAUGAGAAUGAAGAGAAAUCACCCCUGGAGACCUUCUUUGUGUUCCCCAUGGAUGAAGACUCUGCUGUCUACAGCUUUGAGGCCUUUGUGGAUGGGAAGAGAAUUGUGGCAGAACUUCAGGACAAGUACCAGGCCCACAAAAGGUAUGAAGAGGCCCUCUCUGGAGGAUAUCAGGCCUACUUACUGGAGGAAGACAAGUGUUCCAGGGAUGUCUUCUGUUGCAAUGUGGGGAACCUGCAACCAGGGUCAAAAGUGUCAUUGACCCUGAGAUAUGUGCAAGAACUUCCCUUGGAAGAUGAUGGGGCCCUGCGUUAUGUGCUCCCCGCCAUCCUGAAUCCUAGAUACCAUCUCUCCGAUGGACGUGAGGACAGUAACCUGGAUAUGAAGACCCCAAUAGUCCCUUUGGAAGAAUUGCCCUACACACUCAGCAUGGUUGCCACCAUCAGCUCCCAGCUUGGUAUCAGUACAAUCCAAUCCAACUGUCCCUUGAAUCCCAUUGAGUACACUGGAGAUAACAAGACCUCAGCUCAGGUUUCCUUGGCUGAAGGACACAGGUUUGACCGGGAUGUGGAACUCCUGAUUUUCUAUAGGAAGGUGCACAGUCCCAGUGUAGCUGUGGAGAUGGGGAUGUCUGGAAGGCCAUCAGAUAGUUUAAUGGGAGCACCUUCUGCAAUGGUGAGUUUCUACCCAGAUAUCCCAGAAGUGGAGACCACAACAAAACGUGGAGAAUUUGUGUUCCUUAUGGACCGUUCAAGAAGCAUGAAUAGCCCCAUGAGUUCCAAGGACAAGUCUCAGCUGAGAAUAGAUGCUGCCAAGGAAACAUUGAUUCUGCUACUGAAGAGUUUGCCAAUGGGCUGCUAUUUCAACAUCUAUGGAUUUGGAGCCACCCAUGAGGAGUUCUUUCCGGACAGUGUGAUGUACAAUCAGGAAACCAUGCAGAUUGCAGUGAAGAAAGUGAAGCGUUUGCUGGCGGAUCUAGGAGGGACUGAACUUUUAACACCACUACGGAAAAUUUUUAGGAAGCCCCCAAUCCCAGGGCAUCCCUUACAGGUCUUUGUCUUCACUGAUGGAGAAGUUGUUGAAACGUUUAGUGUAAUCAGAGAAGUUAUGUUCCAGAGCAAGAAGCACAGAUGUUUCUCAUUUGGCAUUGGAGAAGGGGCCUCCACUAGCUUAAUCAAGAACCUUGCCCGGGUGUCAGGGGGCACUGCAGAGUUUAUCACAGGCAAUGACAGAAUGCAGUCCAAGGCCCUGAGAUCUCUGAGGCGUUCUUUACAGUCUGUAGUAGAGGAUGUCUCUCUGAGCUGGAAUUUGCCUCCCCAGAUGUUUGCACCUAUGUUAUCUCCAGAACAAACUUCUAUCUUUCGGGGUCAAAGGCUAAUCAUCUACAGCCUACUGAUUGGAAAGAUACCAAAAGAAGAGGCAACUGGUGAAGUGUGUCUCUCAUAUAAGCUUCAUGGUAAAAGUUAUGAGGAAAAAGUGACAUUUUCUCUACAGCCAAAGCCUGAUGACAACCUCACCAUUCACCGUCUUGCUGCAAAGUCCAUGAUCCAGUCCAAAGACUUUGGCUUCAAGGAGACAUCAAUAAUGUAUAAAAGAGAUGUGUUGGACAUCAGCCUAGAGUCUGGAGUCAUGAGUUCCUUCACAGCCUUUGUUGCCAUCAACAAGGAGCUCAAUGAGCCCAUCCAGGGGCCCCUGGUGCAUAGGGAUAUCCCAAGGCCUAUUCUCUUGGGUGCAGGUCCAAAAAGGCCCUCUGAUGGUUAUCCCAAAGCUUUAUUCUGUGCCAGUGCUCCUGUAACUCUGCCUCCAUGGCUAAAGGGCACGGGAAAAUGUGCUGCUACAAUACUCAUGCCAAAUGGCAUACCCCAACAGCGUCAGAAUAGCCAGAGGAAGAAAUGUGUGGUUCAUACAGAUACUCGCCCUGAGUUGCCCCACCUGGCUAAAUAUGACAGUUACCCCCAAGGGAGUAAGGAGCAUAGUCUUGCACAGCUGAUAUAUCUCCAGAAUGCAGAUGGUUCCUGGGAUAUGAAUGAGGAUUUAGCUAAGAUUCUAAGUACUAGUUUGGAAGACAUGACAGCUGCACACCCUACUGAGGUGUUAGAACCCUCAGCUUGGGCUACAAUGCUGGCUGUGAUCUGGCUGCAUGCCAAUGGCAAGGAAUUGAAGGACGAGUGGGAGCUUCUGGAAAGAAAGGCUGUGGUUUGGCUUCACAAUAAUUCAGUCCGUGGUUUCAACAAGCUUAUACGUACUGCCAACAAGCUCUUGAAGACAUCUGUGAGUCCCUCAAUCUUCAAGUUAUGAGAGUGAUGCCCAGGAGAAGGUCAUUCUUUCCUGCCUCCUGCCACAUCCUUCACCUUCUCUGCAAAGAUAGAUUUUUGUCUUGUAUCUUAUCAUUUGUAUCUUAGUAUAAAAGUGAAGGAUGAGCUCUGGCUAUCUAUUGUAGGUCCCACUGGAUAAAACUUGGGGUGUCUGUGUGUCCCCGAUGUCUGUGUGCUGGUAGACAUAGAAACUAUUUCCUAUCUUGGAGCAGUAUAGAACAUUUGCAUGUCGUGAUGGUUCUCCUAACUUUUAAAAACAUCUUUUACUCCAGUCUAAGGAUGAACUGUGACAGUGUUGUUAGAGAAUCCCUGCGUCUAAUAAUUGUCUUCAUUAUCCUUUUGGUACUCACCUUUCAUUUUAUAGAUUUUGUCAUUAUAUGCAUUAUAUACUCAAAUCCAAUUUCCAUUCUUGGAAGAAGUCAGAUGUAAACUGCAAGUCAAUGCCAGGGUCAUUGUAACUUCAAGAUCACAGAGAAUCAGGGUUCCCAUUUUGCUCAUUGUUACUGUUGGGAACAUUCUUGAUGCACUCACUCUAUGUAUCCCUUGUCAGUCUGCUCUACACCUUUCUUUCUCCUGCACAAGUGAUUUGAGAUGAGUCAAACUUGUAAAUAAAUGUCUGUCCUUAACCAUUAACCAUUCUAUAGAAGGUUGAUGAUGAAAUCUUUAGGCCUAGCUUAAAUCCAUUAAACCCAUGAGUUUGGUUAUGGUCUGGUUUACUCAGAAUUAAUGUAGGUUGUGAUGAGAACUGAGUAUGUUUUGUUUUUCAGUCCGUAAAGAUUGGAGUUCCCUGAUCACUCUGACACUUUCUUUCACAUACCCUAUCAUAUUAAAUGACCCCAUGCCUCCAGAUUGAU